CUAAAGUCGUACGAACAAAUUAUUUAAAAAAAAAGUUCCUUUUUUUGCCUUAACAAUGUAUAAAUACGUGGAAUACUCGCGGAGUCGCCGAUCUUGUCGCCAUUGCUCCUGCUCGUCCUCAGCCACUGAGUUAUCGCCGCGUACCGACACCUUAAGCUCCUCUAGGCGUACUACUGGCUCUAAUCAGAAAGGCCAGGACUAUAGAUAUGCGGGUUAUGCAGAUGACGAGUGCUGCUGCUUGGAUCCUAGAUGUCCGUUAAGCACUAGGAGUGGACAGGAGUCUCCUUCCUUUUACUCGGAGCGCACUUCUCGAAAGUCACAACAAAAUCGGAGUUCUUCCAAGCAUUCCAAUCCUUCGAAAAUCCGAAGCAGAUCCAUAAGAUACAUGAUUCCGAAGCUCCCAAGCAUGGGUUCUGAUGAAGAUGCAAAUCCUGAAGACCACGUCCAAUGUGAAACCAACCAGAGCGAGUCCAGUAUGUCAUCCGGGCUGCAGAGUAAGUCAACUGCCACACUAGAUAGCCGCUAUAGGGAGGAUGGCCCAGAGUUCUCCGCCGGCGUUAAGUCUACCGGGAAGUGCAGCUGCGCGUGCUUCAAACCAGAACACCGCCCAAGAUCUAAUGUUCUAAUGAGCGCCGAAGAAAUCAGAAAUACGGUUCGGUCGCAGAUUGCAGCGCUCGAGAAAAGCGAGGCAAUUAGAUGUGAUUGUGAUACCUGUAAGUCACCGAGUGGUAAAUCCUCAUCUAGUGAAAGAGCCAUGAAUGUAUCUCGUGGCCACGAACUCGCAGCGGUCUCCUCGGAGUCAGAGAAGUUGGAACCUGACACAAUUGAUUGUCACGUCAGUGCCAAUGAUUUGGUUCGAACCGAGAUAAUUGAUCCGUUGAUAAGGCGCUUACAGCGCGUGUAUCUGAACAACAAGAUACACGAACUGGGCAUACUGGAUAGUCUGCACGAUGUGAAGGCACAAAUCAAAGAAAUUUAUAGGAAGCGAGAGAAGUGAUGGGAGUCCUUUUUACGCAUACACUCGAUUGUUUAUUUGUAUAUUUUCUAUAAUUAAAAUGGGGUAACAGGGGAAACAUA